AUGCCGUCCAAAAUGAAGUCGCGCCCGCAGGUCUAUCCACGACUGGCUUUCCACCUCAUCCGCGCCAUCGCCUUCGUCAGUGCAUCGAUCGUCAGUGGCAUCCUGAUAUACUUUUGCAUGCAACUGCGUCACGAUGGGUUUAAGUUGCCCUGGACGUUUAUCAUUGUCCUCGCCUCGACCCUCCUCUCCCUCAUCUCCCUCACCCUCACCUCGUUCCUGUACACCUGCUUCUUCCUCUCGCCGCUGUUCAACCUGAUUCUCAAUGUCACCAUCUUCAUCAUCUGGGUGGUUGGGUACAGCCUGUUGACGUGGAACAUGUACGGUACCCUGGGCCACAGCUGCUCGCGCGCCAACUGGGCCUCGGACGACGGCAUGAUGAUCUGCCGCAUCUACAAGGCGCUGUACUCGUUCGAGGUGUUCGGCCUGCUGGCCCAGAUCGCCUUGAUCGUGUUGGACGUGCGGACCCGGCGCGCGCAGACGGCGUUGGGCAAGUACAACCCGAUGGCUGUCGGUGCUGCCGGGGCGAGAGGCGGAGCAGAUGUGAAACUGGACGACCUGAACAGACACUCCGGGUCGGGACUGCUCGGCGGCCACGAAAGUUCCCAGGACGGACUGCCCUAUGGCAUCGGAGAUUACAACAGCCACUCCGCCCACGAGUCGAGAUUAGGCUUGAGGGACAACGCUGCGCACACGGACUACAGCCACGGCCAAUCCGGACAGGUCAGGGUGGACGAUUUCAACAGCUCGACCAGCAGUUUUGGAUAUAACGCAUACGCCCCACACACUGGGUAUGCCAAUGGCGGGUACGGAUACGAACCCCAGCGAUGA